ACGGUACUUGGGUGGGUGGGUAAUCGUUGUCAACUAAACGUCACGCAAUCUCGUGACACACGAUACUUACCUGUAAAGUCCCUUAAAACAUACAAAAAACAAGAGGUAUUCAAAAAUGGGGUGCUUCUUCUCGAAAAAAUCCAAGCGAAAGUCGUCGGAAAAGGACGAGCGGACGCCGACCACGACGACGGUGGAAACUACGACGACGAGCAACGCGGUUCCCCUUGGCAACAACACGGACGAGGCGGCACCGAAGCUGUACAGCUGGGACAAGCGAGAAAAGGUGGAUCCCAAAGACUACAUGCUGACGGGCCUCAAAGGCGUGACGGCGGGCCGCCUCCCCGGGAAGCUCAACGGCCAACAGUUUGUCAUCCAGGACUGCCACGACUGCGACAUCUACGUGUUCGACCACGCGGCGGCCGUCACCGUCGACGACUGCGUCAACUGCCGGAUCGUCCUGGGCCCCGUCAAGGGCAGCGUCUUCUUCCGGGACUGCAAAGACAUCCGCUGCGUGGUGGCGUGCCAGCAAUUCCGCACGCGCGACUGUAAAAAGAUGGAGGUGUUCCUGUGCUGCGCCACUCAGCCCAUCAUCGAGUCGUCCACGGGCAUGAAGUUUGGCUGCUUUCAGUACUACUACCCCGAGCUGGCCUUCCACUUCAAGGACGCCGGCCUGAGCAUCUUCAACAACAACUGGAGCAACAUUCACGACUUCACGCCCGUGGCCGGCGAGACCAACUGGAGCCUGCUGCCCGAAAGCGCCGUCGUGCUGGACUCUGUGCCCGCCCCCGGCGCCGACACGGACUUCAAGUCGGUCCGCGUUUGGGCGGACGAGGCUCGCAGCAUCGUGCCUCUGACCAAAGGAGGCCGACGCAAGGACAGCGAAGAGUCCUGCCUGUUUGUGUUCUUCGCCGGAGAGUACACCACGGCGAACGCUCGCAAAAUGAUCGACGAGGCGACCGGCAAAGGCUUCGUGCUGAUCCAGACGAAAGAGGUGUCAAUGCGCCCCGAGGACGUCAAGCGCGUCUUCCAGAACGACGCUGAGGAUCUCGUGGAGUGGAUCGGCAAAGGUCCCGUCAUUGCCCUGGAGCUGAACGGUGACGGCGUGGUGGAAGCCUGCAAGAACUUAGCCGGCGAGGUGUUCAGCGGCACCAAGGUUUUCGUCUCGGACAACAAGAACACAUCUUCUCGCGACGUGGACAACUUCUUCAACUUUGCCGACAUGCAGAUGGGCUUGUGAGGAGUCGGGUCCAUACAUAAUUGGACACUCUUUUGCUUUUUUUUUUU